AUGACAAAUCUGUUUUCGAAUGGAUUAGAUAACAAUAUACUAUUCGUAACGUACGAUGACAUGGUGUAUGGAUUGGGAUCUAAUAGUAAUGGAUGUCUUGGAUUGGGUCACAACGAGUCCAUACAUUCACCACAACUUAUACCAGAAUUAUGUCAUCAAAACAUUCAGACAUUUAUUACUGGAUUUGACUUUGUGUUGGCUAUGGAUACUGUGAACCAUAUCUAUAGUUGGGGUCACAAUAUAUGGGGACAAUUGGGUAGAGAUUUUGAUGAAAAAGAAGUGCAAAAUUUGGUGAAUGUUAGAUCAGAAUAUGUGGUCAGAUAUUACCACUCAUGGCGUGAACCGGAUUUUGGUUACAUUCAGAUGGAGUUGUGUUCACAAAGUCUUCGGCAUAUACUUGAAGUCAAACAUAUAAUCUUAGAAAGUGUUCAACACUUGCAUGGAUUGAAUCCACAGCGCAUUCAAAGAGACCUCAAACCCGAAAACAUAGUGAUUGCAAAUAAUGUAGAAAACGGCAGAUUUGUUAAGUUAUGUGACCUCGGAUUGUGUACAGUUCACGACAAACGCAUUCACAACAGGACUUCACAGAAACAUACGGCAGACAGAGGGACACUAGAAUAUCAGGCACCAGAAGUUGGUCAGGGUAGAAAAUAUGACCACAAAUGCGACAUAUAUAGUGUGGCACUAAUUUGUGGUGAAUUAUUUGACCUGGAUGUUCUGCGUAGUGGAUCUAAAAUCUCGCAAGUAUAUUCACCGGAUAAUAAAACUCUAAACUCAUCAGUGUCUCAGCUAUACAAAUGGUUAUCCAAAAUGAUCUUGCCCGAUUGGCCUACACGCCCGGAAUGUAGUGAUGUGUUGGCUAAAUAUGACGAGUGGUCUGUCGAUAGGAAUAUUAUCACAAAUCAUACGGAAUUGAAGCCAACAACAUAUCACUUGAAUAAACAAAACAAAAAGUUUUUUGGGUCUUGUCCUCGACUUCUGGCCACCAUUUGUGUCCUCAUUAGCAGCGGACUCAUCACCGGAACCGUCAUCGCCCUCACCAUCAGAUUCAUAAGAAGUGAUGAUCAGAAGAAUGAAGAGUCGAUUGGAGGCCAAGAAGUGGUCAUUAAAUCGGAAGACAAUCACAACAACGGUUCCAGUGAUGAGGAAAUGUGCGACAAAUCACAAGACAUUCACUCAACUGAUGGACUGUUUGUGUGUUCACUAAAUGGCUGUCAAUUCAGUACUAAACGAAAGCCUGACUUCAAUCGACACCAACUGGUCGUACAUUCGGACGCCUUUCCCCACAAACCAUGGUUUAAAUGCCCGCAAACCGGCUGUCAGUACAGUACUAAACACAAGAGAUCUAUAGCCCAACACUGGCGACACAUACGAAGCCAUUGGGGUGCAUCCUAUAGACAUAACACACAAUCAGUGAGUGUCCGCACCCGAGGGUCCGGUUGGGGCACCACUUCUGUCAGAAAACCUCUUAGAAAAACCAAAACCAUUGGACAGACAGUUGUGUCACAAGACGUGAACACAAGUGAAAGGGAUGUCCACAAGAAUGGAGACCAAGAAAUGGUCGUUAAAUCACAAGACAAUCACCCGAACUGUUCCCAACACAUCUCGCACUCGAUUUCACUCUACGAUCACAAAAAGUCCGGUAAUCACAUGACGGGUGAGCCCUACCUGUGCGGACAUAAGGGAUGCGAUUACACGACGCCAUCGAAAGAGGAUUUAGUGAAACACAUGUCAGACAGAGACAGACAUACAACGAGAGACCCGGCGCCCGACCCUAACAGCGGACGGUAUGUCUGCGAUUGGGAGGGCUGUUCGCUGGCGUUCAAAAGCGCAGAGUAUCUCCGCACACAUAAGCUAUGCAUUCACUCGACGACCUACCGGUGCGAUUGGGACGGGUGUGCGUUCACGACGGGUCUGCCAUCGUAUCUGAGAACACAUCGAGUGAUGCACUCAAAGGAACGGCACGUAAAGUGUGGGAUCGAUGGCUGCCAACGGCUGAUUAGAUCCAGUAAUUUGUCUCAACACCAGCUCAUCCGACAUCCCGACGCCUUUCCCGACAAACCGUGGAUGGAGUGCUCGCAUACGGGCUGUCAGUAUAGGACUAAAUACAAGUAUAUAUUCAAAAGCCAUGAGUUGUCGCACAGGAAAGCAUUCAUAUGCGAUGAAUGCGGGCAUACAUUCGCCACCGUAUGGGAGCUUAGGAAUCACCGGUCGACUCACGACACGUCCCUUAAUUUGGAGAGACAUAUGAAUCUACACACCCGUGAGACUGUCUACCGGUGCCAUUGGCCCGGCUGUGAGAAGGAGUUCCUCUGGAGGAGUGGUCAUGAGAAGAGACACAGAGGUAUAGCUGUGGGUAGUGUUAGGUGUCAUUGGUUUAUGUGCGGGUAUAGGACUAACAAAGUGAGCGAGCUUAAUUAUCAUGUCUUAAGCAUUCAUGAGAAGGUAUCCGACGGGAAGUGCUCUGAAGUCGUGUCCAAACGUAAGACAAAUGAAUGCAAUCUUAUGGACAGACGUGUGAAGAGACCGAAGAAGUGA